GCGACGAGGGCGCGGUUGGCGUUUCCACGGAGAAGGCAGCGCGGAGCGCUCCGGCCGUGGCGGUAGCAUGAGCCUGUCCGUGAGACAGUGCCUUACCCUCCCCCACUGGGUCCUUCUGCCAACGCACUCAGAUUGAAACCCAGCUCCUUCAGCUCCUCCUGAACCAGAUGCUGCAGCCACCUAGGAAUGAGCUUUCAGUAGACAAAACUAAAAAGAAGAGAAGAGAACUGACUGAGGAACAGAAACAAGAAAUUAAAGAUGCCUUUGAAUUGUUUGAUACAGACAAAGAUAGAGCAAUAAAUUACCAUGAGUUGAAGGUGGCAAUGAGAGCCUUGGGUUUUGAUGUGAAAAAAGCUGAUGUACUGAAAAUACUGAAAGAUUAUGAUCGAGAAGCCACAGGCAAGAUCACCUUUGAAGAUUUUAAUGAAGUUGUGACAGACUGGAUAUUGGACAGAGAUCCACAAGAAGAAAUACUCAAGGCAUUCAGAUUGUUUGAUGAUGAUGACUCUGGUAAAAUAAGCCUGAGAAACCUGCGUCGGGUUGCUAGAGAACUGGGUGAAAACAUGUCUGAUGAAGAACUGCGGGCUAUGAUUGAAGAAUUUGAUAAGGAUGGAGAUGGAGAAAUCAAUCUAGAGGAGUUCAUUGCUAUUAUGACUGGAGAUAUUUAACAUUGGAAGAGAAGAAAUGUAUUUAUCACAAAAGGGAAACAUCGUUGGCAUCUGCCAGUAGAGUAUUUUGUAGUUUGUUUCUGUUGAUGGAGUCCAGUAGAAAAUUACUUUCCUCAGAGGUCCAGAAUAAACACAAGUUUUAUGUACUGUUGCUUCGGAACUUUAUGUCAUUAAAUCUCAUCACUAGAAUAAGUGGUCAUGUUGGUACAGGUAAUACUACAUUUCAGAGUAUUUUAGAGCUCAUUUGUAUAAUAGCUUUGUAUAAUAUUUCUAAAUUAAAUCCUAUUAUAAGAACAUUUUGAAGUUGGCUUUAUGUUAGCACUAACUGCGGCCUUAGUUUUGAUACAUGAAGUUUUACAGAUUUCCAUUUUAAUAAAUUGCUCUUUGCUAUUGCUACUGAAAA